ACAGCGGCGUGGCUGCACCUGCUAAAAACCAACCGGCGGCAGAACCAACCAGCCCGCUUCGCUCCCCCGCCCAGUAAACCCGCCCGGACUCGCGGCAUGCAGCAGGGCACCGAGCCGGCUCUGCCAGAGGCGCCAGGCGCGGGGCGACCCGGCCCUGCCACCCUCCGCUAACCGCCCGCCUCUCGAUGUGACACUCGCCCACCCCGGCACCCCCUGGCUCCUGCUCCUCCCCCGCCUCUGCCCCCCGGCCGCCAUGGAGCUCUCCGAGGUGCGGUGCCUGAGCGACAGCGAGGAGCUGUACACCAUCAACAGGACCCCCCCCUGCAGCGGCCGCGCCAGACCCCAGCGCCUGCUGUGGCAGACCGCGGUGCGCCACAUCACCGAGCAGCGCUUCAUCCAGGAGCAGAGCAGCAGCAGCGGGGGGAGCAGCAGCGGGGGCAAAGCCCUGGGCUCGCAGGACUCCUGCUGCCCCAACCACCACCCGCACCCGCACCCGGCGCGGCGCCCGUCCGAGCGCCACAACAACGGGGGCACCAAAGUCUUCCCGGAGCGCACCAGCAGCAGCGGGGACCUGGGCUUCCUGCACCUCGACUGCGCCCCCAGCAACUCCGACUUCUUCCUCAGCUGGGGCUACACCUACCGCGGGGUCAUCUUCCCCACGCUGCGCAACUCCUUCAAGUCCCGGGACCUGGAGCGCCUCUACCAGCGCUACUUCCUGGGCCAGCGGCGCAAGUCCCAGGUGGUCAUGAACAUCCUGGACGUGCUGACCAAGCUGACUCUGCUGCUGCUCCACUUGACCCUGGCCUCGGCCCCCAUGGACCCCAUCAAGGGCAUCCUGCUGGGCUUCUUCACAGGCAUCGAGGUGGUGAUCUGUGCCUUAGUGGUGGUCAGGAAGGACACGACCUCCUACACCUACCUGCAGUACAGCGGGGUGGUGACUUGGGUGGCCAUGGCCACACAGAUCCUGGCCGCUGGCCUGGGCUGUGGCCUUCUGGGCGACGGGAUCGGCUACGUGCUCUUCACCCUCUUUGCCACCUACAGCAUGCUUCCACUGCCCCUCACCUGGGCCAUCCUGGCCGGGCUGGUGACCUCCUUCCUGCAGCUCGUCAUGCAGCUGGUCAUCCCUAGGCUGGCAGUGAUUUCCCUCAACCAGAUAGCGGCUCAGGCAGUGUUAUUUAUGUGUAUGAAUACAGCAGGAAUCUUCAUUAGCUACCUAUCAGACAGAGCUCAGCGCCAAGCCUUCUUAGAGACCCGAAGAUGCGUAGAAGCAAGACUGAGGCUAGAGACGGAAAACCAGAGACAGGAACGGCUGGUGCUUUCUGUAUUACCUCGAUUUGUUGUACUAGAGAUGAUUAACGACAUGACCAAUGUGGAAGAUGAGCACUUGCAGCACCAGUUCCAUAAGAUCUAUAUUCACCGCUAUGAGAAUGUCAGCAUUCUUUUUGCAGAUGUUAAAGGUUUCACCAACCUCUCCACAACCUUGUCAGCACAGGAGCUGGUCCGAAUGCUGAAUGAACUCUUUGCCAGAUUUGAUCGACUAGCACAUGAACAUCAUUGCCUUAGAAUUAAGAUCCUGGGGGAUUGUUACUACUGUGUUUCUGGGCUCCCGGAACCUCGCCAAGACCAUGCACACUGUUGUGUUGAAAUGGGACUCAGCAUGAUCAAAACUAUCAGAUAUGUUAGGUCAAGAACAAAGCAUGACAUUGACAUGCGGAUCGGAAUACAUUCUGGAUCAGUGCUGUGUGGGGUGCUGGGCCUACGGAAGUGGCAGUUUGAUGUCUGGUCAUGGGAUGUGGAUAUUGCAAACAAACUCGAGUCAGGCGGCAUUCCUGGGAGGAUCCACAUCUCCAAAGCCACUCUGGACUGCCUGAAUGGGGAUUAUAAAGUUGAAGAAGGACACGGUAAAGAACGAAAUGAAUUCUUAAGGAAACAUAACAUUGAGACCUAUUUAAUAAAACAGCCCGAGGAGAGUCUGUUGACUUUACCUGAAGACAUUGUGAAAGAAUCUGUCAGCACCUCAGACAGGAGAAACAGUGGGGCAACAUUUACAGAAGGAUCAUGGAGCCCUGAACUCCCAUUUGAUAACAUAGUGGGAAAACAGAACACUCUGGCUGCCCUAACAAGAAAUUCAAUAAAUCUGCUUCCAAACCAUCUUGCACAAGCUUUGCAUGUCCAGUCUGGGCCCGAGGAAAUUAACAAGCGAAUAGAGCACACCAUCGACUUACGGAGUGGCGAUAAAUUGAGAAGAGAGCAUAUCAAGCCUUUCUCACUGAUGUUUAAAAACUCCAGCCUGGAGCAUAAGUAUUCUCAAAUGAGGGAUGAAGUGUUCAAAUCAAACUUGGUGUGUGCAUUCAUUGUCCUUGUAUUUAUCACCGCAAUCCAAAGUUUGCUUCCUUCUACAAGGAUGAUGCCAAUGGUCAUUCAGUUUUCCAUUCUGAUUAUGCUGCACUCCACUCUUGUUCUAAUCACCACUGCAGAGGAUUAUAAAUGUUUACCCCUAGUGCUACGGAAAACUUGCUGCUGGAUUAAUGAGACCUAUUUGGCCAGGAAUGUGAUCAUUUUUGCAUCCAUUAUGAUUAACUUUCUGGGAGCCAUCAUAAAUAUUCUAUGGUGUGAUUUUGACAAACCAAUACCCUUUAAGAAUCAGACUUUCAAUUCCUCUGAAUCUUUUACAGAUAUCUGCUCCUAUCCUGAGUAUUUUGUCUUUACCGGUGUCCUGGCAAUGGUGACCUGUGCAGUGUUUCUUCGUCUCAACUCUGUUCUGAAGUUGGCAGUGCUUCUCAUUAUGAUCGCAAUCUAUUCUCUGCUGACUGAGACCGUUUAUGCCUCCCUCUUCCUGCGAUACGACAACUUUAAUCACAAUGGCGAAACCGAUUUCCUGGGCACAAAGGAGGCAUCCUUGCUACUGAUGGCAAUGUUCCUGUUAGCCGUAUUUUAUCAUGGUCAACAGCUUGAAUACACAGCCCGCCUGGACUUUCUAUGGCGUGUUCAAGCGAAAGAAGAAAUCAACGAAAUGAAGGAAUUAAGGGAACACAAUGAAAAUAUGCUACGAAAUAUUCUGCCAAGUCAUGUUGCCCGUCACUUCCUGGAGAAGGAUCGAGAUAACGAAGAGUUAUAUUCUCAGUCCUAUGAUGCAGUUGGCGUGAUGUUUGCUUCCAUCCCUGGGUUUGCUGAUUUUUAUUCUCAAACUGAAAUGAAUAACCAAGGAGUGGAAUGUCUCCGUUUGCUGAAUGAAAUCAUUGCAGACUUCGAUGAGUUACUAGGUGAAGAAAGAUUUCAAGAUAUUGAAAAAAUUAAAACCAUUGGCAGCACAUACAUGGCUGUAUCAGGAUUAUCACCUGAAAAACAGCAAUGUGAAGACAAAUGGGGACAUUUGUGUGCUCUGGCUGACUUCUCCAUAGCUUUGAAUGAAAGUAUACAGGAGAUCAACAAGCAUUCGUUCAACAACUUUGAACUCCGCAUCGGUAUUAGCCAUGGCUCUGUUGUAGCAGGAGUUAUCGGUGCUAAGAAACCCCAGUAUGAUAUCUGGGGCAAAACAGUUAACUUAGCUAGUCGAAUGGACAGCACGGGUGUAAGCGGCAGAAUACAAGUGCCUGAAGAAACGUAUCUGAUCCUGAAGGACAAGGGAUUUGCUUUCGACUAUCGAGGAGAGAUUUACGUCAAAGGUAUCAGCGAACAGGAAGGAAAAAUCAAAACAUAUUUUCUUCUAGGAAGAGUACAACCAAAUCCUUUAAUCUUACAACCAAGAAAACUGACUGGACAGUAUUCCUUAGCAGCUGUUGUAUUAGGACUUGUACAGUCUCUUAACAGGCAAAAACAGAAGCAAAUCCUUAAUGAGAACAAUAACUCUGGCAUCAUAAAGGGACAUUAUAACCGGCGGACUUUGCUAUCUUCCAGUGGACCAGAGGCAGUGGCCCAAGCAGAGGCCUCCGACAAAACUGAAUUGCCAUAA